CAUGCCCUUCCUCUCCACGCCGUCGUUCGACCUCUCCGCCGGCGCCGAGCCCACCCUCGGCCCGCGCCCUCCUCCUCCUGCCCCGCCCGCCGCCGCGGCCCCUCCGCCGCAGCAGCCGCAGGUCUCCGAGGCGGCGGCGCGGCGGCUGCGGGAGGCGGAGGAGCGGCUGCGCGAGGCCAUCCAGGAGCUCCACCACCACCACGGCCGGGACGAGGAGGGCGGCGGCUGGGGGUGCUGCGUGCACCAGGGGGAGUCGUGCCUGGCGCACGCGGCAGGGAACCUGUGCCAGACCUUCCUGCUCUCCUACGGCGUCCGCGUCGGCAUCGGGAUCCUCCUGCGCGCCUUCAAGCUCGCACGCCGCAGAUCCUACGGCUCCCUACUCGAUCUCAAGCAACUGGUUUCGGAGAAAGAUCUAAUAGUAAGGGAGGAAGCUUGCCGGGUAGGGCUACUUUUUGGAGGAUUCACAGGAUCCUAUCACGCACUUCGAUGUUUCCUCAGGAGAUUUCGCAAAAAGGAAACACCAUUCAAUGCAAUAUUAUCAGGUUCCGUGGCAGGCUUGGCGAUACUUGCACUCGAUGAUUCAAGUAGGAGACGUACCCUUUCUCUAUAUCUUCUAGCAAGGCUUGCUCAGUGUGCAUAUAAUUCUGCAAAGUCCAAAAAUAGAUUUCACUUUUGGGGAAGCCAUUGGAGGCACGGAGAUGCGUUGCUUUUCUCUCUCGCAUGUGCCCAGAUUAUGUAUGCUUUUGUUAUGAGGCCUGAAAGCUUACCGAAAUCGUACCGAGACUUCAUCCAAAAGACAGGACCAGUUGCGGAACCUGUUUACAAGGCUGUCAGAGAUAGCUGCAGAGGUGGUCAUGUGGAUCUCAUUGGCCUCUUGGCCUUAUUCGCAAACAAGAAGAAUUUGAAUUUGAUGAAAUUAACGGAAAGUCCAUCCAUUAUUCCAUGCUCUGUGAUUCAUCCUGACAGAGCAUCAUGCUUGGCUCAUAAUGUUACUGUCACUUCAUCAACAUUCAAGAAAACAUUCCCUCUGUACUUCUCAUUGACAUUUGUCCCCUUUGUUGUUCUACGUCUUCAAAAGUUUUUGGAAUCCCCAGCUGCAACUUGCUGGCGUGCUCUUGUGGGUGCAGUUCGAUCUACCACCUUUUUGUCUGCUUUUGUCACUCUCUUCCAGUCUGCCAUCUGUUUGCAUCGUAAAGUUGCAAGCAAAGACCACAAACUUGUGUAUUGGUUUGGUGGUUUAAUUUCUGGUCUUUCGAUUCUCUUGGAGAAUAAAGCUAGAAGAGCGGAGUUAGCUCUCUAUGUACUCCCCCGUGCUGGAGAAUCCCUAUGGUAUAUAUUGAUCAACCGUCACCUCCUCCCAAAUAUAAAAAAUGCCGAGGUGGCUCUUUUCUGCAUGUGCAUGGGAGGAAUCAUGUAUUUUCUGGAGUACGAGCCAGACACCAUGGCUCCAUUCCUCAGAGGCCUCAUCCGGCGUUUCCUGGCGAGCAAGAUAACCAACCCAAGUCCACCUCCGAAUCGCAACACCUCCUACUCCUACCUUCAGGCGUUGAAUGUGUUGGAGCAACCAAAGGCGCAACCCGGCCCGGAGAAUGGCCUACCUACAUCGGAGACAUACACCCUUGAAUCAAUUCCUGGACUUUAAGAGUUAGAGUUAGACAUCACACUCGUGGUAGUCUGUUAGUCUAUGACCGCACACGUGGAAAUAAACAAAUCCUGACCUAAAACAUCUAUAUGGGAUGUGCCAUCCUUAAUCCUUAUGGGCAGGGUUCAGAUUUAUGCAAUGACACGGGGUAGGUAGGGGUAUUAGCACCCCCUUGCAGAAAUAAAUAGGGGUGCCAAGUAUCUGUCAGAGAAUGGAGCAUUUCUAAAUCGAUUCUUAUUCUUAUAUAUAUGUUACACGUGUGAAAAGACUGUAAAUCCGUGUUCAAGAGUUGUCUAUGUUAAAAGACUUGCAAGACCAAUGUAGCAGCCUGAUGUUGAAUGGCAACUGUUUGAUCCCUGGAUUUUGUAACAUUGAUAUAUUCCUCUUUCUAUCUUUACACAUGUUUCAAAUA